ACACAAAGACAUAACUGGCGAAAACAUAACCUCGUUGUAUGGCCCAGAUUCAAACAAAUAGUUGCUCUCUGUUCAUCAACAACAUUAAACUGAAGCAAGAUAUUGUUGACAAACAAUAGUUUAAAAAUAAAUUUAUGCCAUCUAGUUAUCACAUACGUAAUGGCCAAUGGAUUUCCCAAGACCAUCAACUCAAUCGGGUUCCAAGAAGUUGAGUUUAGGAAAGAAACAAUCGUCCAUGAAAAGUUUCAUUACUCCUAAACCAGAACCAAUUGACGAGCAAAAGGGAAAGUCGUCUGGUUCUGCCGACACUUUUGUUGAAUCGUCUAACAGUGAUUUGAAUGUAAAUUUAUUGACCAAUCAUGCCCAUGCUCCUGGAAAAGUUAAGCUUGAAGAUGAAGACACUCUUGAUAGACAAAUUACUAAAGGGUGGAGUGCUCCUUUGGGUGACCAACAAGAUGACAGUGCAGAUGACAUAAUGUACAUUAACACUCCUCCCCCUAAACAAUCUCGUUUAUCUAUCAUAUCAAUCAGUAGUGAUGACAGCUCAGAAGUUUGUUCUGAGAAAACAGUGCUCAACAGCCCUAGAAGUGAGCAGGACAUGUUUGAUGAUGAUGACGAUUUCCCCGGCUCAGGCUUUUCACUUACUGGUGUUGUGGACGCAGCUGUGGAUGCUGCUAUGGAUGCUUCAGUAAUAUCCAUAGAGAAACAAGAGCAGAAAAGCAUUUCUAAAGACUUCUCUCCAGGAUCAUCACCACCAUCUAAGAAACAUUGCACUGAAAACCACUCUGCUUUAGAGACCUCUGAAAUCAAAUCUGAACCACAAACAGAAGUAAGCUCUACUUCGGGAACUGAAGAUUUCAAAACAUUUAAUGAUAAUUCCAUUUCUCAGGAUAGUUUACAUAGUGUCACUGAAAAAUCAUCAAGUUUAAAAAGAUCUUUUACUGAAAUGACUGAGAGUAUUGGUUUUGGAGAAGACAAUGAAAAUCAAUCAAAGCCGAGUGAUAAGCAAUCUAUUUCUAGAGAUGGAUCCUUUUCUAGAGGGAAGCCCUCUCACUCUCCAAGUACUAUAAAAAAUAAACUCAAACAUGAUUCAAACUUAGGGAGAGAGAAGAGAGAUGGAGCUGGCUCCAGAAUUAAGAAGGAAGGUGAAAUAACACCAACCAGAAAGGUCUCCAACUCGAAAGGAAGGGAUCUAACUCCUAGCCGGAAGCACAAAAGUCCUAAGAAAGCAUCAUUCAGUGAAAAAGACAAAGAACUAGAAAUGGAUAUUUGGAUUAAGGAAUUCAAAAGAAGUGUAUGUCUGAAGCCAGUUUUGCCUGAGAUGUCUUGCAGUUCUGUCAGAUCGAACUUAGAAUCUCUAAAAUCCUCGUACAUAGAGGUACUGGAAAAGAUUAUGGGAAUUUUUUUUUCAGUGCCACAAGAGGUUUUUGAAAUUAUUCCUGACUUUGAUACUGGAGUUUUCAGACUUCGAUACUUAGCAACAUGGCUGUGUGUGAAAGUAAAGAAAACAGAGGAAGCAUAUAUUUCCCUCAAGAAGGAAUCUAGUCUGAGAAGCCCAUCAGCAAAGCGCUCGAUGGAAGGGAAGACACCAUCCCCUGCUAAAUCUUUGAAGACCAUAGAAAACCGUACACCUGAAAAGUAUAACUCAACUAAUGACCAUAGAAAGCCGCCCAGUAGGUCUUUAUCGGGUCUUUCAUCUAUUAAUAGAAAUCUAGAGGGGGGUAGAAUUGAAGCAAACUCAACAGAAAGAUUUUCUGCUCCAACUAGCCCUGUGGUGAGAGAGGAGCAGUUGGUUCCUAGUAGAGCUUUCAGUACCUCAAAAUCAGGCCUCUCAUCUAGUUACAGAUCUGAAGAGCAUGGAAGUAGAAUGGAAACAAAACAAGCAGAGAGAUUUUCUUCUUCAAACAAUUCAGUUUUGAGAGAGGAGCAAUGUGGAAAGCAAAUGGUCAAUAGACACUUCGAGGAAUCAAAUCAUAGCUCUCUGAACACAACAUCCUCAUAUUUAGAUCAAAGCUCAAGUUCGUCAGCCUUAUCGAAGCCAGUAAACAAAUUCACUUUUAAGAAACCAACUGUAGCUGCUGGAAGAGCUCCCUCGAGUAUCCAUUCACUUUCCAGCUCCAUAAACGCCAGCAGCGCAAAUAUGUUAGAGCAAUCCAGCUUUUCAACGGUUCAGUCUUCACCAACUACAGCGAACUCGUGGCUAUCUAAGCCUGACCCACCUGUUUCAAACAACAGGCUUUACAAUAGUAGCAGUAAUAGUAGUUCAGUGUCCUCACCAGCCACAUUGAACUCAUGGCUGUCUAAGCCCGACCCACCUGCUUCAAACAACAGGCUCUUCAAUAGUAGCAGUUCAGUAUCUAAUAAGAAUUCAUCAUCGACAAGUAUAUCGAAUGAAAGGAAUGAUGUUUCAAGUACAUCUUAUUCACCAUCUCCAAGUUCAAAUUUCAAGAAAAAUGACUCCUUUUCAAGAUUUAAUAACACACUUCCUGAUCAUAAUGAUUUCAACAUUGAAGAGGAGGAUGAGGAUGACUAUAUGCAUAUUCCACCUGAAAGCCCUCCACAGCAAGUUAACAGCAGAAAACCUCCCGCAAUGCAGUCUUCUUCGUCCUCCACCUCCACAAAAUCUGUUGCACAAGUCACCAGUGGAGAUUCCGAAUUAGGACGGUUCCAUCAUGGUAUAAGGAAUGAUGGGAGGACUGGAGAAUUUGAUGGCCAUAGUUUCCCUCACUCAAAAGAAAUGCGUGAUUUAUUUAGAGCUAAAUUUGGUCUUCAUGAGUUCCGCCCCAAUCAACUCCAGAUUAUAAAUGCAGCUCUCCUAGGCCAUGAUUGUUUUGUGCUUAUGCCUACUGGAGGAGGAAAGUCACUGUGUUAUCAACUACCUGCCUUAUUAAAUCCUGGAGUCUCAAUUGUAAUUUCACCUCUUAAGUCUCUCAUAUUUGAUCAAGUGCAGAAGCUUAAUUCCUUGGAUAUACCAUCGGCUUGCCUUUCUGGUGAUAUUGGCAGACAACAAAUUGACAAUGUAUAUUUAGAUUUGAGCUUGAGGGAACCAAGUAUCAAGUUGCUGUAUGUAACACCAGAAAUGUUGAGUGCAAGUGAUAAGUUGAAAAGUAUUCUCUCAUCCUUACAUGCACGUGGGAGACUAUCUCGUUUUGUUAUUGACGAAGCUCAUUGUGUGUCCCAGUGGGGCCAUGACUUCAGGCCAGAUUACAGAAAACUGAAUGAACUCCGUCAAAAGUAUCCUAAUGUUCCAUUUAUGGCGCUGACUGCAACAGCCACUCCUAAAGUUCGAGUAGAUAUUAAACAUCAGCUGGGUCUUCGCGAUGUGAAAAUGUUCCUGUCUAGUUUCAAUCGAUCAAAUUUAAAGUACUCUGUGUUACCCAAAAAGUCAAAAGCUUGUAAUGCUGAAAUGGUUGAAAUGAUUAAAGAGAAAUUUCCACGUGCUUCAGGAAUAGUGUACUGCUUCUCUCGAAAAGAUUGUGAGACAACUGCUAAGGAGUUCACUAGUGCAGGAAUAAAAACUGUCGCAUAUCACGCUGGUUUGUCUGACAAGGCAAGAGCUGCAACUCAAUCUCAAUGGAUCUCCAACAAAGUGAAGGUUGUUGCUGCUACUAUUGCCUUUGGGAUGGGGAUUGACAAACCUGAUGUUCGCUUUGUUUUCCACCAAACUAUGCCUAAAUCAAUAGAGGGAUACUAUCAAGAAACAGGAAGAGCUGGUCGUGAUGGUAAAUUGUCCCACUGUAUCACAUUUUAUAAAUAUGAGGAUUCUAUCCGAUUGAAGUCUAUGAUAGAGAAUGAUCAGUCCACAUAUACGGACUGGAAUGCGAGGAGAACUGUACUGGAUAGACACUUGGAAAAUCUCAGGUUCAUGAUAUCCUUCUUUGAAAAUAAGACUGAUUGCAGACGGUCUCAGCAGUUGCAUCACUUUGGUGAAUUUUAUUCCUCUGAGAUGUGUUUGAAAAGCAGAGCGUCUGCUUGCGACAACUGUGAGGCUAAGGGUCAAUAUACUGAAACUGAUGUAACAGCAGAAGCUCGGGCAAUUGUGAAAUUUGUUAAGGACAAGUGCAACGGAUCAGGGCCCAAAUUUAAUUUCUCUCUCCUACAUAGUGUUGAUGUCUUCAAGGGAAGCAAAGUGAAAAAAAUUGUUGAAGCAGAACAUCAUUUGCAUCCUAUGCAUGGCAUGGGUAAAAAAUGGAUGAAAACUGAUAUUGAGAGGUUGUUCCACAAGUUAGUUAUUGAAGAUUAUUUAAAGGAAAGCCUUCACACCAACCAUCUAGAUAUGACCAAUGCCUAUUUGAAAGUUGGAACAAAAGCUGGCAUGCUAUUUGAUCAAAACUUCAAGAUGAUGUUCCCAAUGAAUGGACCCGGAAGUAAGGACGUAACUGAAGUGGAAGACACUACUAAUGAUCAAUCUGAUCAGGAAAUGGAGGAAAUUCUUAGCCUGUGUUACACUGAAUUAUCAGAAAAAGUCCAGGCUAUGGCGGAUUCUAUGGGUGUUAGCUCUGCCUCCAUUAUGAAUCUUGAGGCCGUGCGCACCAUGUCUCAAGAAUUGCCUGAAAAUGAGGAGGAGAUGCUGAAAAUACCCCAUGUCACAAAAGCCAACUUCUUAAAGUAUGGAGAUGCCUUAUUGGAGGUGACCCAGGAGUAUGCCAAGAGAAGAAACGCUCUUUUAGCUAAACGGGAAGAAGACAAAGUGAGGGAAGCCUUUGCAAAUGGCAUUGAAGACUGGGACGAUGAUUUUGAUGGUGGCGCCAAUGACAAUGAACAGGAGUCGCCAUAUUUCGCAUCACCAAGUGGAAGCAAACGGGGAGGAUUUAAAAAGAAAGGUGGUUUCCGUAAAGGAAAGAAAACGUGGAAGAAAAGCCGAGGAGGUAGCUCAAGGAGUAGGGGAUCUUCUAGUGGUUCAAGCAGUCGUGGUUCAUCUUCAAGCAGAGGAGGAGCUAGUAGUCGUGGUGGGAAGAAAGGUUCCAGCAGCUCAGGGCCAGGCAUUAUGAAAAUGCCCAGUUCUCGUUCAUUUUUGGGUGCGCCACGCGUAUCCUCGAUUUAACUUGAAAUUUGUAACUAAUUUUUUUGUGAUAAGAAUCAUCAGGGUACUUGCUGUAAACCUGUAAGGUGAUGUAGUUUAAUGUGUUUGUUAUUUCAUUAUUAAUAAUUGUAUGUGCUUUAAGUUUCUUUUAGAAAGUAACUUUUUCAGUAACAGUUUAUUAUUUACAUUUCUUUUUCCUUUUGAACUAUGGUGUUUGAUAUAAUAGCAUUGAUUUACUUUCAUUCAAACCUAACAAAUUGCAAAGCAACAAAUUACCUCUGUAGUGUGUAUGAACUGUAAAUAGGUACCCAUGAUAUUUAUUUUAAUUUAUCUUUCUACCUGUAACAUUAUUAUACAAAGUCACUGAUGGCCAAAUGUGUGCCCCUGUGUAUUGAUACCAGUACAAACCCACCCAGAAAUGAAGAUCGAUUCGACGUCGAAACGACGCCGAAUCGAUGUAAAAAUGGUCGAAUCGACGGCGACAUGACGUAGAUUCGACUUUCAUUUCUAGUUGGGAAACUACAUCUAAAAUUAUCUGAAGCGAGUUGUUUGAAUUGUGGUCAACUAGCAAUAAUUAAAAGAGACAUUCG